CCCAGAACUUUGCACAACAAAAACACACGAGCUGCUCGCUGUAGAACUCGACGACGUCGAUCAGAAGAUAUGGAUGACUUUGAGCAGGAAGGCAUAGACAAUGAGCUCUUUGAGUUUGCCAUUCUUGAGAGUAUCCAAGAGGCCUUCAAGCCGCCAUGUUCAGCUCAGAGUGACUGGAAUCAACCCAAGAGUGAAAACUUUAAAAAGAUUAUGACAGCUAUCAAUAAAGGUGAUGCGGCUGCGCUGCAGGAACUGAAGAGUUGCGCGUCUGCCUUCACAGAGAGCGACAGCAAGGGCUGGCUGCCUCUGCACGCAGCAGCUGCACAGCCACUUCCAGGGGUGCUGCAUGCAGUGCUGCAAGUGCUCACAUCCAUGGAGCUGACCCUGGAAGAGCAGACGAACGACGGGGACACGGCUCUGACUCUGGCAGCUGAGGCCGGCCGGGUGGAAAACGUCAGGAUGCUGCUGAAGCACGGGGCUUCGCCGCAUAACACCAACAGCCGGAAUGAAUCUCCUCUGCUGAUCGCCGUGAGACAGAGCUCCUACGACAUGGUUUCAUCCCUCAUCGUGGGCGGGGCCUUCGUGGAGCAGGUGUGCCUCACUAAAUGGACGGCCACCCAUGAAGCUGCAAAGGCGGGUUGUCCAGCUGUUCUGAUGCUGCUGCUUCAACAUGGAGCCAAAGUGACGACCAGGAAUGGCUAUGGUGUCACACCUCUGGGGACUGCAGCUGAGCACGGCAACACUGAAGCAGUAGACUUACUCAUACAGCACGGUGGUGACGUGAACGCCCGGGCCAGCAACGGAGACACGGUCCUUUAUGAUGCAGCCGGGUCUGGAAACCUGGACUGUGUCGAGCUGCUUUUGAAGCACGGAGCCAACCCAAACGUGGCCAGCUACGCCUGCCAGCUGCCCAUCCACAGAGCCGCAUAUGAAGGCCACAUUCUAAUCCUGAGAACUCUCCUCCCCAUCACCACAAAGAGAGCAAUCCGCCUCUCGGGCCAGAGCGCGGUUCACUCUGCAGCCGAUGGGGGACAGGCCGACUGUCUUUCACUCCUUAUCCAGAAAGGUUAUGAUGUCAACGCCCUGCUAGAAAAACACAUCUCUGAGAACUACGAUGACAUGAGGAAGACUGCACUGUUCUUCGCCGUUUCCAACGGGGACGUGAGCUGCUCAGAGAUGCUGCUGGCAGCCGGAGCCAGAACGGACCUGGACCCUCUGCGAUGCAUCUUGGUUGCUGUGCGCGCAGAGAGGUAUGCGCUGGUGCAGCUGCUGCUGUCCUACGGAGCAGAGGUCAACUGUUAUUUCCGAGUGAUCAGCAACACGGCGUUCCCCACGGCGCUGCAGUACUGCCUCCGGGACCAGGUCAUGCUGCGACUGCUGCUCAACAGCGGAUACCAAGCUCACAAAUGCUUUCAGUGUUGCCAUGGAGACGGCAAAGAAAUAGAUCCGUGGGCUGACCUGCACAAUCAAGCCUACCAGAUUUACUGUCAACCUAAUAUCAUCUCGUUCUGCGAGUUUCUGUCUGUGUCGUGGCUGGCUCAUGUGGCAGGCAGCCUGGUGAGGAUUCUUCUGGACUACGUAAGCCACGUUGGCAUCUGUUCGGACCUGAAACGCAUCCUGGAGAGGACGCCGGAGUGGAAAGAGAUUUCUUCCAUACUGAGUGAGCCACGCUCUCUGCAGCACUUGUGUCGCCUGGAGAUCAGGGCUCGGAUGAGCCUCCGGAGUCUGAACGACCCUGAGGCCAUGGCUACUGCUCCGUUCCCUCCCAGGCUGAUGAGCUACCUGAUGUACAGAGAGUACGACCUGUACGGCAAUCUUUAUUCCACAUGAAACAUUAAUUACAGCAUCUUAAAAGAAUAUUC